UAGGAACAGGGGUAGUUACACUCACUUUGCACAAGGAUGACCCAAAAUUACUUGACAGCAUGUUGGAAGAAGAGGUCAUAAUAUUCCAAGUAGUUAAAGUGAGGAAUGUGAAUGGAUGCAGAGUCGUUGAUGUCACCUGUGGUGACUCGAUAGAAGGAGAGAUGAGGACUUGGGACUAUGAACCGCUGAGCACUCCUGACCCAUUGACUGUUGGAGAGAAAGUCAACAUCAUUAAGAUCAUAGAUUCAAACACUCUGAUAGUUGCACUAGCCAAUGAUCUUGAGUUUCUAAACAUGUAUCAAAUAGACUGUGGGAAAUCAAAUGAAAAUUUUCAAUGUCCUCCAAAAGAAGGUGAUUACGUUUCCUUCUUAGACCCAAAAAGUGAAGGAUAUUUAAGAUGUAAAAUUGAGAAAAUCGAUGGAGCCAAUUACAUACUUGAAGAGGUAGAUAAUAUCAACACGUAUCAGGCAAGACUUGAAGAUCUUCAUCCUCUUCCUGAACAUUAUCGAAAUGUACCAUGUCGAAGAUCACAAAUUGAGUUGAAAGAUGUUGGUAAAGUCAAAGAGACUGAAGGCUCCCAUUCGUAUCUAUUGGACAUUUAUAAAGAAGAGAAAUCCCUCACAGUAAUUGAAAUUGAUAACGGCAAAGUAGUUUUGACUGUUGAAGGGGGAGAAGGUACUUUGAACAGUAAUCUAAAAGAACUUCUGAACCCCCCCGUUGUGCUUAACAAGCAAGGAAAAUUAAAUAUAUUGAGCCUACCUGAAGUCAAGGUUCCACUAGACCAAGAGUUUCAAUUUUCGGUAACACAAACUGAUCCAUUGUAUGUGCAACUGGUAUCCUCGACGCUGGAAUAUAUAACCACACUCCACGAAAAACUGCAAGAGCACGGUCAAGCAAAUAACAAACCUUACAACCCUUGUGCAGGAGAGCUCUGUGUUGCUCUAUACUUUGGAGAUUGGUACCGAUGCCGCUGUAUACGAGAGACCUCUCCAGAAACAGGAGUGUCAGUGCUCAUGCUGGUGGACUACGGCAACAUCUUUCAAGCAAAGACAAGUGAAAUCCGCCAGAUCCUGCCUGAUAUGGUGACAAUGCCCAGCAUUGCAAUCUCUUGCAAAAUUCAUGGUUUGUCUGAACCCGUUCCAUCCACCUUGAAGGAUAAAUUGAAUGAGCUUCUUCAUGUAGAUUCUGUGCACAGCGGUGUGUUUGUGGCGGAACAAGACGACUGUUAUGAAGUUGUUAUUGAAUCUGUGAAAAAAGCCAUGCAAGAUGUGUAGUGAAUCUGUGAAAAAAGCCAUGCAA